CCCACAUGCUAUUUGGAAGAAGCUUUCGAGCGUUUUCCAGGACAGUUAAAGCCUUCUCACAAACGGGAGCUGAACGACUUAAUGUCUCCGUUUUCCAGGACAGAUCAGCUUUGUUUCGUCGACCACAGUGUGGACGUCCUGUGGCUCGUGUCCAUACCUCAUCACUCUCCCAGUCCGUCUCCUCCGCUGCCAAGUAUACGGUGACAGAGGAGCCAGACACACUGUACCAGAGGGUAUUGGUGCUGGUCAAAGGUCAUGACAGGGCAGUGCUGGACAGCUAUGAACAAUUUGCUACCUUGGCUGCCAAGGAGCUGGGCCUCUCUCUGGGCAAAGUGUCUGAACCACCAAAAGACAUUGAAAGAUUCACGCUGCUGAAGUCCGUCCACAUCUUUAAAAAACACAGAGUGCAGUACGAGAUGAGGACACAUUACAGGCUGAUCGAGUUGGAGAGGUUAACAGGCAGUACGGCACAGGUGUAUUUAGAAUACAUUCAGAGGAACCUGCCUGAGGGCGUGGCUAUGGAGGUCACUAAGACUGCCCUGGAGAAGAUUCCAGAACACAUCCAGAAACCAAUGUGGGGAGGGGAGGAUCAGGAACAGCCCAGUCAGUGAGGGGUGGAGCUGACCUCUUGUUGGCUGGUUUGGUUUGGGUGGAGGGCAGAUUAUCAGUGUGGACUGAUCCAGUCCUUACCAGCCCACGGAAGAACAUUACAUGCAAAAAAACACUGUACAGAACUAGGUCCGCGUGUGUGCUUCACAGGAGCACGUGUGUGUAGGUGUGUGUGUGCAUGAGGACCAGUGGACAAAGUUUUUUUUGUUUGUUUGUUUAUGUUUAUAUUAAUGAUGUGAAAUACUUUGUGUCAGCUUUGCCCUUAAAGACUAUAUGAAAUAUACAU